AUGUUCAUUGCUGUUAUAAGUGAAUCAAGAACUAGAUUGAUCUCAGCGCACCUUAAACCUGAAUAUGACAACUUGUACGAAGUAGAGAACGCCAUUGGAACCUAUUUAAAUAAAUUUGUACGUGAAUGCGGUGUGAUGUGUUUGUCAAAUAAGCGUUGUGUAUCAUUCUUCUACAACAAUCUUACAGGAAUGUGUAUUUUACAUUCAAAUCCGUUCACCUAUACUGUGAUGUCAUUCUCAGAAAAAGGGUGGAAAUUUUACCUUUCACAGGAACGUGCCGGUCGCUGUUUGGUCAACUUCUUCUACUACAGAGAACUGGACUUGUGUUAUGAAUUUAAACCGCCAAUUCGAGGAUCUGUUAUUGAUACAGGUUUCGUGUGUCCAGGAACUGAGCUCAUGCGUAUUGAUUCCAAUGAAAGACACGAGCAUAUCAAGCUUGUAACAGCUGACAUCGGAAAAGUGUACCCUGAUGGAAUCUGUAUACAAGGUAAAAAGACACAAGGUAAAUGGGCAUACAACGAUGGAUCAACGAUGGAGUAUUUCAGGUGGCUACCAAACGAACCAAGUGAAAAAUCUAACGUUAUCCGUAUGGUUCGGAUUAAAAACUACGGGUGGGAGCAUACACGUAACUGGCCAACAUUCAGCUUGGAAUAUUUUAUUCGUAUGACAUCAUGA